AUGGGGGAAGCGAGACAGGUUCCAGAAAGUUCAAACGAUACAGUAUCGGUCAAUGAUGCAAACAAAGGAUGUAUUAGGAAAUCUGCUGAUUCGAUCGCGUUAUCAGCAUGUAGCGGUGUAAAUGAAGUACUUCUUUCAACGGUUCAGGGCAGGAUCAAUCCCGGCGAAUUGGAUAUUCCGCGAAAUUUAAGGUUAGCUGAUCCUAGCUUUUACAAACCAAGUACUGUUGAAAUGUUCAUCGGGGCUGAUUUGUAUUAUGACGUCAUAUGUACUGGUAUGAUUACGUUAGAUAAGGGCCCGGUACUGCAAAAGACACGAUUUGGAUGGGUUGUUGCCGGUCCCAUGAAUAAAUUAACUUCAGAAGUAAAUUGUUAUUUUUCUCAGAAUUUAGAAAAGACCGCGUGCGAACUUUCUGAAAUUCAGGCUAGCUUGCAAAAGUUUUGGCAGCUAGAAGAGAUUAACGUAAAACCGGUAUUGUCUGAUGAAGAAACUGCGUGUGAGGAACAUUUUGUUAAGACAACAACACGUGAUUCAGAGGGACGGUUUGUAGUAUCGCUGCCGUUGAAAUCACCUGUAACUAAAUUAGGUGAAUCCUUCAGGGAGGCAAGUAAACGAUUUUUGUCUCUCGAAUCUAAACUAUCGAAAAGGCCGGUAUUUAAGAGAAUGCACGUUGAUUUCAUGCGAGAAUAUGCUCAGCUUGGGCACAUGGAAAAAGUAAAAACUACAAAAGACGAGUUAUGCUAUUAUAUGCCUCACAAGGGGGUUUUGCGUGAAGAAAGUAUAACUACAAAAUUGCGGGUAGUAUUUGACGGCAGUGCGCCAACAUCAUCAGGAUUUUCAUUAAAUCAUUUGCAAAUUGCAGGUCCAACCAUCCAGCAGGAUUUACUUAGUAUAUUGUUACGGUUCAGACAGCAUAAGUAUGUAGUUGCGGUGGAUAUCGCCAAGAUGUACCGUCAAGUAUUAUUAGAGCCUGAGCAGCGGUGUUUGCAACGCGUUUUGUGGCGCGAGAAUCCUGAAGACGAGCUAGAGGUAUGGGAGUUAAAAACAGUGACCUAUGCGAAACGCGUUGAAAUGCACGGGUUUUGCGACGCGUCUGAGGCAGCCUACGGGGGUUGUAUUUACAUUAGAUGUACUAACGAAAUAGGAGAGAUUUCCGUUAAGUUACUGUGUGCCAAGUGCAAAGUAGCUCCACUUAAAACCGUUUCAUUGCCACGAUUAGAACUCUUGGGAGCUGUGGUACUUGCCAGGUUAGCAAAAAAGGUGAAAGAUUCAUUCGAUGAAUGCUUCUUUUGGUCGGACUCGAUGAUCGCUUUAUGUUGGUAA